CCCGAUUCCGAAAGAGUUAAGAAGAUUUGUCAUCUGCCUGGCAACAAGCCAGCCGGUGAGGGAGGAAAUGGCUUUCGGUGACCAGAGGCAACAGGCUCCCUUGCCUGGGAUUAAGUGGGAUCGGGAGAGAUUACCGCUAUGUCACUCUUCAUGGCUUGAUGACAGUGCUGUGUUCUGUUCUUGGUUCAGUCUCUUGGGAAUGAUUUACAGGCAGUUAUUACUUUCUGUGUGCAUCCAAUUGGAUUGAUGUGAUGAAAAGAACAUCUGGAAGAUAAAAUCUUGUUGCAUCCUCUUUGACUUGCAGGGCUUUCAGCUAUUCAGGUUCAAAGGUUGGGGGUCCAGUCACAAUGAGGCAGGAGGUGGAGGCUCAGGUGUUAAGCCCCCCCUAUGAACUGGGAGAGCAGGGCCUUCGUCAGAUCCUGACAGAUGUAGUUGAAGAGGUGAGGCGAACUCUGAACCAGGACAUUGAUGGAGCAGAGAUUCUCCACAGUCUACUCAAUGCUUCCUGGCUGCAGUCACUCCUUAAGGUUUAUGAGUGUCUUCAAAGGUACCUCCAAGACUCCCCAGCAGCAGUUCUGGACUAUUCCUCAGGACUCUCAUUUCAGCUCCUGAUUGACAUUAAGACACUGCCCGGCUGCUCCGAGGAAGCUAAAGAACUUGACCGACUCCUGCGACAGCCUCACCUUCAGGCUCUGCUUUCUGCACAUGACACCGUGGCCCAAAAGAACUAUGAGCCUGUGUUGCCACCAAUGUCAGCAGAGGUUCCAGAUGAAGAGGAGGAGGCCACCAGGAUUGUCUGCCUGGUCAAGAACAAACAACCACUGGGAGCAACAAUUAAGAGAAACGAAGUUACUGGGGAAAUCUUUGUGGCUCGGGUGAUUCGAGGAGGACUGGCUGAUCGCAGUGGUUUGCUUCACGCGGGCGACCGAAUCAUUGAGGUGAACGGAUUUCCGGUGGACGGCUUGGACCCAGAGCAAAUCAUUCAAGUUGUGCAGGCCACAGCGCAAGGAACCAUCAUUUUCAAGGUAGUUCCCAUCAGCGACAGGCCCAUUCACAACCAUACAAUGCUCUAUGUGCGAGCUAUGGUGGACUACAGCCCUCAGCAAGAUCCCACCAUCCCCUGCACGGACGCUGGCGUGAGCUUCCAGAAAGGCGAUGUUCUGGAAAUCGUAGACCAGACUGAUGCUCUGUGGUGGCAAGCCAAGAAACUCGGCAGCGACAUGGCCUGUGCGGGGCUUAUUCCCUCAAGCAAACUGUUUCAACGGAGGCAGAGAGACUAUUUGCCUUAUCAGCCGCACACCUGUAUCCAAAUACUGAGCACGGUGGAGGAAGAGGCGGAUUUAAUGGCCAUUGAAGAAAAAUGUGUUGAAGCAGAUGAGGAGGCCUUUGAAUCUGAGGGGGACGAUUUCAGCAGCAGCGUUGAGGGAGCUUAUCUAACUGGUUUUAGGCGCAGCUUGCGUCUAUGUCGCCGACACUUCCACAGCACCGCCCUAAUGUCUUGCCCUACCAAUUGUUCCAAUAACUGCAACAGUACGCUCCACUGUGCCUAUGAAGAGGUGGAGCGCUACCAGCGCACUUCCGGCGACGUCCACCGCCUCAUUGUGCUGUUAGGUCCAUCGGGUGUGGGUGUGAAUGAACUUCGCAGGCGCUUGAUUGAAAUGAAUCCCAACACAUUCCAAGGAGCUGUACCUUACACCACAAGACCACCCAAAGACUACGAGGAGUCCGGCAGAGAAUAUCACUUCAUCACUCGAGAGGUCUUUGACAACAUGGUGUACAAAAGCAGGUUCUUGGAGUAUGGUGAGUAUAAAGGGAAUCUGUAUGGCACCAGCAGAGACACUGUGAGAGACAUUUUAAACAGUGGGAGGAUCUGUGUCAUUGACAUUGAACCAAAUGCCAUUCAUGCUGUAAGAACACAUGACCUGCGGGCUUUUAUCAUCUAUGUGAAGCCGCCACCGCUGGAGCAACUCAGAGAGUCGAGACAAGAUUCGAUCAUAACCACCGACUACUAUGUCAACUGUCCUUUCAAAGAUGAAGACUUCCAGGAGAUGGAGGAAGCCGCCCGGAAGCUAGAGUCCCACUACUCGCACUUCUUUGACUAUGUGAUUAUUAACAAUGACCUCCAGGAGUCCUGCAACCAGUUGGUGACAGCGGUUAGGAAGGCGCAGGAUGAGCCGCAGUGGGUUCCCGCCAACUGGAUGCGACCCUCCAAAGGGUCAUAGACAAAAAUGUAAGAGGUUAAGGAGAGAUUGUGGUAUCAUAGUAGUACUUUACUGUGAAAGAUAUUUUGUGAUGAGCAUAUCCCAUCUGACUUUUUUUGGGAGAGGUGGAUGACACCCUGGACUGGUCUACAGCCAGUCUCCAUAGAUAUUGACACCAAUGAAGAAUUUAGUCUUCAAUGAAACUAAAUGUUGGAGGAUGCUAGAGUACCAGGAGAAAACUUGUGAAAGCAUGGGGAGAAUAUGCAAACGCCACACAGGAAGCCCGAAGCUGAGAUUUGAACUCAUAACUUUGGAGCACACAUGCUCUCCACUAAUCACCACACUGCCCCAUUUAUGGCUGCAUAAAUUGUAAUUAUGUUUCACCUCCUGUCAUAUUAUUAUACAUUUAAUUGUGGGAGCAUAAUUUCUUUUCUUUUUUCUUUUUGUCAAUGUUUACAAUUUAGAGUGAGGUAAACCAUUUUUGUUUCUUUUUAGGCAUGUUAAAA